AUGGAGCACAAAGACGAGCGAGUCAGGCAGCUGACCGAAGCCCUGCAGGGAAUGCUGAUCGUAAAGCUCUUUUGCUGGGAGUACCACGUGCUGAAGCAAAUCAGCGAGGUGCGUGCCAAGGAAGUCUCAGCGCUCAAGAAGUUUUCCUACCUCGUGGCCUUUCUAAUUUUCCUGAUCGUUUCCACGUCGACCAUCAUCUCUGUCGGAACGUUUUCCGUGUACACACUACUGGGGAACCAGUUAGUGGCCGCCCGCGUCUUCCCCUCGAUAUCGCUCUUUUCAUCGCUUACCGACACCAUCAUGCAGGUGCCGGGCAUUCUGUCGCACUGGUCCGAGGCCAAGAUCUCACUGGCGCGACUGGACAAGUUCCUGCGGCGAAGAGAGCUCGAGCAGCGCAGCGACGUUACCCACAAUUCACAAGAGACGUCCCACAAGCAGGCACUGGAUAGCUCAUCAGACGCAGCGAAUGUGCUCUCGAUCGUCGCUGGAGUGUUCGAGUGGGAGGCCCCCGAUCACGACGAAGAUGAUGAAGACGCUGAGACAGAGGAAGGCAAGGCCGAAAAAGCUGCGAAGCCGGCGUCAGCCUUGGGCGAGGCCGAUACGGCGCUGCUUCUGGACAUGGACGACCAGCCGCUCGAGGAAAUGGCCGCCGAGGGGAAUCAAUCACCGAGCGAACCGUUCAAGCUGCGCGAGAUCAACAUGGAAGUGCGACGCGGCGAAUUGGUUACCGUCAUCGGCCGGGUGGGCAGCGGCAAGACGUCGCUACUCAACAGCAUGCUGGGGGAGAUGAAGCACGUCGCGGGCCACCUCACCCGCAACGCAUCGGCCCUUAGCUACGUCAGCCAGCGGAAUGCUACGGUGAGGGACAACAUUGUGUGCGGUCAGCCGUUCGACCGUGAGCUCUACGACGACGUCAUCCGCGUGUGCGCGCUCACGGACGACCUGCGCGUCCUGCCUGCGGGAGACUCGACGGAGAUCGGAGAGAAGGGAGUCAAUCUGAGUGGAGGGCAGAAGCAGCGCAUCUCGCUUGCCCGAGCGGUCUACAUUUCGUGUCUCCAGCACAGCGACGGCCACAAUGAUGGCUGCGUGAUCUUGCUGGACGACGUGCUCUCCGCCGUGGACGCGCACGUUGGCCACCACAUUUUCCACGAGUGUCUGUUGGGUAAGCUCAGUCAAAUCACGCGCGUGCUGGUCACCCACCAGCUGCAGUACCUGCCCUUCGUCGACCGCAUCUACGUCAUGAACGACGGCACCGUCCAGGCCUCGGGCACCUACCAGCAGCUGCAAGAGCAGGGAGUCGACUUCGUGGGCCUGCUGCAGGCUGAGGCCGAGGAGAAGACCAAGGGCAAAGCAGUCGAGGCGGAGAAGGCGACCGACGAUCAAGCACUGGCGGACGAUGACGUACUGGAGGGUGGUACUGGCGCUGACGUGGCCGCCGUCGAAACGCGGGUCGAAUCAGGGCCACUGGUCGAUGAUGGUGAGGGAGAAGCGGCGUUGAAGGAGAAGGGCAGGCUGAUCGACGAGGAGGAACGCAACACGGGCGAAGUCAAGAGCUCGGUGUACCUGGAGUACAUGCGCAGCACCGGAGGACUUGGCUUGCUGUCCCUUCUGGUCCUGUCGUCGCUGCUCUUUCAAGGAGCGAAUCUCUUUGACCAAGUGUGGCUGUCGCGUUGGUCCGACUCGAGUGGCAACACGGUCUUCUAUCUGUCGAUUUAUCUUUCCUCAGCAGUCCUGGGCGGACUGAUGUCGUUAGCCCGACAGACCCUGUGGACCAAGGGAACACUCAACUGCGCGCGGAAGAUGCACGAUCGGCUUCUGGAAGCCAUUCUCCGCGCGCCCAUGACAUUCUUCUUCACCACGCCCACCGGCCGAAUCGUGACUCGCUUCUCGAAGGACCAGAGCACGGUGGAUCAGGUGGUGCCGGACAUGAUGUCUGACUUCUUCCUGUGCCUGCUGGCCAUCAUGGGCAUGUUGCUGGUCAUCUGCGGCGUGCUCCCUUGGUUCCUGGUCCCCGCGGCGCUCAUGUUGGCGCUGUACUGGUGGGUUCUCAAGUACUACCGCAAGACCUCCACUGAACUGGGCCGACUGCAAUCGCUGUCGAGCUCGCCCAUCUACGCACAGUACUCGGAAACGCUGGACGGGCUGGACACCAUCCGGGCCUUCCACUGGCAAGGCGCGCUCAAGCGGGAGAACCAGGACCUCGUCGUGGCCAACCAACGCGUCGACUACUGCGUCUUUGCCUCCGACUGGUAUGAGCAGCAGAUCACCAGUUGGGCUGGAUUGGCGCACUCACGCGGGCGGAUCAGAGCGCUGGGUCUCUUUAUCAUCAUCGGGGUCUCGGUCCUGAGCGUGGUCACCCGGGGCUCGCUCAGCCAAGGACUCGUGGGACUCGUGCUGGCCCUGUCUCAGAGCAUCAUCGGAGAUAUGGAAUGGUUCGUUCAGAGCGGCGCCAUGCUGGAAUCGAGCAUGAAUCAGGUGGAGCGCAUCCAAUACUACACGGCCACGCCACCCGAAGCGCCCCUCUCGCUCGCCCCGGGCCAGACCUGGGACGCCGCCCACAAGUGCAUCGUACAGCGCGUGCUGGCCGAGCUCGCCGGCUACGACGAAGACGACGGCGACCGCGACGACCGCGAGUGGCCCAGCGAGGGGCGCAUCGAGUUCAAUAACGUGUGGCUGCGCUACCGGGACGACUUGGGCCAUGUGCUGCAGGGCAUCAGCCUCACCAUCGACGCGCGCCACAAGGUGGGCGUGGUGGGCCGCACCGGGGCGGGCAAGUCGUCGCUCAUCAACGCCCUGUUCCGCCUGGUGGAGCUCGACAGCGGAACGAUCACCAUCGACGGCCGCGACAUCAGCAGGCUCGGGCUUCAUCAGGCAUGUCCCACAUUCCUCUUCUCUCUUCAUUUAAGGUGGUCGGCUGACCUGCGCUCGGCGUUGGCCAUCAUUCCGCAGGACCCGGUCCUGUUCUCGGGCACCAUUCGGUCCAACCUGGACCCCUUUGGCGUGCACGCCGCCGAGCAGGGCGACGCGGCGCUGUGGGACGCCCUCGAGAAGGUGCGCCUGAGCGAAUUCGUGCACGGCCUGCCGCUCGGCCUCGAGGCCAAGGUGGAGACCAACGGACAGAACCUGUCGGUGGGACAGAGGCAGCUGGUGUGCAUGGCCCGCGCGCUGCUGCGCGACUGUCGGGUGCUUAUCUUGGACGAGGCCACGGCGAGCGUGGACAACAAGACCGACAGGGCCAUUCAAGAGACGCUGCGACACGAAUUCGGCGGGCGCACGGUGGUGGUCAUCGCGCAUCGACUGCACACGGUCAUCGACAUGGACUGCAUCAUUGUGAUGGAUGAGGGCCGAGUGCUGCAGUACGGGCCGCCCGGGGACCUACUGGCCACCGAGGGACCGUUCGCCCGCUUGGUCGACCAGACCGGGGCCGUGUCCGCCCAGUACCUGCGCUCAAUGGCUCGGCGAGCGCCCAACUCGGAUGUUGAGAGCUCAGGCCUGUCCGUGUACCUGUAG